AUGCAUCUUCCCAAGGUGCUGCUGUACGGCAUUCUUGCCUUCCUCGCCUACGCGAUACCGGGCACCCAAGCUAGACCCUUCGGCGACGGACCUACGUGGAUCCGGUCGUGCGACGACAUCCCCGCCAAGGCUACCUUGGCCGGAACCACGCUCACCAUCCUCUCGUCAAUCGACUGUAGCGCCAACCCGAAGACGAUCGUCGUUACCGGUGACACGGUGGUGCGCUCCCAUGCCCCGAUGAACACCAUGGGCGUUGCCCUGAAGGUCCACCCCGGGGCCAAGUUGACGAUCCGCGCGCCGACAGUCAUGAUGAAGAGGAGGGAGAUGGACAACCAACCCAUCCUUCGGGUCUUCGGAAGCAUCCAAUUCGAAGUGACCAGGUGGCUCCCCGAGCACCUCGAUGGCACGCUGAUGGACAAGCACGGGGUUGUGGCCUUCGAGGGCCAAGGGUCCCUAGAAUCGCGAAACACCAUUAGGUACACGGCCGCGUCUGUCGUGGUGGCCGACCCUGCGGCCGCAGACCAGAAGGAGGCCGACCUUACGGCGACGAGCAUGCCUACCGACCCUGAGCUUCGCAGGAAGCUGGACAACCGCCACGCCAAGAGCAACAGGGAACGCGACUCCGCCACCGCCGUUGCCAAGGACAUGUCGACGACCAACACCGCCCCGACCGCUACCGUCGGAGACGUCGCCGACAACAAGUCCUCCUCCUCCGCCACCACCGCCCCUAACCGGGCCGCGGCGUUCUCCACUGUUGCUGAUCCCAACGACAACGAUGAUGGCGACAAGACCGCCGCUGCAUCUGAGGCCACACCGACCUCAUCUACGCCUGCUACUGCCACCGCUGCACCUGCAACGCCUAGGACAGGAACUGCUGCCAACCCGAGCACUCGGGCGGACGUUGGCAACAACCCCGCUUCCGGUGCGUCGAUGGCCGAGUUCAUGACGAGUAAGGCCCGUGAAGCCCGCGCCGUCAACGACCACGGCAAGAAGGCCGGCGCCGGUGGCGGGGGCGAGCGUUCUUCGCCGAUUCCCGUUUCGAACACGUGGACCACCAAGAAGAAGGCACGCCAGCACAAAGAGCAGCAGCAGGAGGACCGGCGCCACAACAACGACAACAACAACAACAACAACAACAACAACAACAACAACAACAACAACAACAACAACAACAACAACAACAACAGCAACAACAACAACAACAACAACGACAACAACAACAACAACAACAACCACUACAGCAACGGCAACAACAACAACAACAACAACAACAACAACAACAACAACAACAACAACAACAACCACUACAGCAACGGCAACGACAACGGCAACUCGUUCUCCCCGCCCGACGAGUUCCAUGACGAGAACGUCUUGCGGGCCGGAAGAUUUCUGUUCGGGAAACUUAUGAGCCCGGGCAAGAAGGCCAUGAUUUACGUCUCGCCCAACUCCAGCUCCGUCGUUCACGCCUCGUCCGCCGGAAAGGCGACCCGGGACGAGGAAGGGCGAAAGAUCGGCCCCGUGCCGCAGAAACUGAAGACUGUUAUCACCCCCAACGAGCAGCAGAUGUCCAAGAUCGAGAGGAACCGUUCCGAAAUCUGGGCGCAGAGGUUGGAGAGAGGUAAGGCUGCCCGCGAGGGCGGCGAACUCAAGAGGUCAAAGAUGGCCGCCAUCACGGGCGUUCUGCCGUUUGGCAAGAACGGCUUCCGCCGGAGGCGAGAGCGCGAGCACGCCGAGGCCCACCUGAUGGAGGCCACGCUGAAGCUCACCAACAGAGGGAACUUGGAGGUUUCCAUCGACGGCACAAUUGUGCAGCGCAAAUCCCGGCCAUCUUGGUUCGGGUUCUUGAGGAGGAAAGACCCCUCAUUCGAGCUGCGCGUCACGAUGGAGGGGAUCGAGAUUUAUCGACGAGGGAAACUUGACUGGGUCGUCAAGGUCGAGGACAUUUUCUAG